GCGUCAUUUAGUGUUUCACGCAAUACCGUGUGGUCAUACCUUCUGUGUUUUCGACACAUUUUAAAAUUUGACAUGUCAGUGGAUAUCAACCUACAAUCUUCACAUAUUGAGUCUGGUGUUGUGCUCUCAAGUCUCGAUUCUGUAAAAAAGCCCUGGUACUAGUCAUGAUAAAUUCAAGGAAGGCUUCAUCACUGGUUCUAGCCACCGUGAACCCAAGCAUGGCUACAUCCCUGAUCCAAGUCAUCCUACAUCCGAUGAAGAAACCAACCCAAUUGUUAAAUCUGAUGGACAGCAUUCUGCUACCCCAACUCAUUAUUCUGUAAAUGAACUCUAUGCUGCCAGGUCUGGCCAGUCGGGUGAAGAUGAAAUAAUUCCUAAAACUGAUUCUAUGGAAGAGAUAGACGCAGGAGAGAAAACAUCGACCCUGCAAGAAAACAAGCCCACCGUGAACGUGGAAAUCAUGGCUAAUACUGGUAGUCAUGUCACUGAUCACAACAAUCCAACGUCUGUUGAGUACGACUACAUUGACGACAUCCCCGACUCCGCCUAUCAACAGGCGAUGGAAGAAAACCAACCGGAAGCCGAAAAUGAUUAUGAAUGCAUUGCUGAAACCAAUCCUGGUUAUGAUUACAUUGAACCAAUAAACGAUCCACGUACGUUUUCGGAAAGGAAGUGUAAGAGGGGUAUUGUUUUUCUCGUACCCAUAUUUGCUGGUGUAAUAGUGAACUUCAUAGCUGGACUCUUCUUUACGACCUUUCCACUGCAGCUCACCAGUAUAGUUGGAUGGAUGGUAUUCAUAGUGGUUAACGCGCUGGCAGCUGCCUUCUGUGCCCCGCUUAUGAUCAGAUACGACUUCCGCAAGGUCGCUUUCGGCGGAAGUGUUCUACUCUUCUUUUCCUGUAUCUCGUCGUCAUUGACAACCAGAGAUUACAUUAAGACAGUCACCACAUUCAUCAUCAUGAAAAGUAUCUCUGCUGGUCUUCUUCGAGCUACUGGAGUCGUGGCUACAGUGGACUAUCUCAACACUCGCCCAACUCUCGCAAUUAUCAUCAGCUACUUUAGCUUCAUCAUCGGGAGUUUUAGUUCCCUAUUCGUCUUCAUUCGCUCAACAAAAUGGCUUGAGAUAAGUGCUUUAUUGGGACUUGUGGCUGCUUUGUUUCUACAAAAGAACUCACAGACCCAUGUGCAGAAUGUGACCAAGCUCUUCAAACAUCCACCGUUUUAUGUCCUGGUAUCGAUAACAGUUGUCUGUUCUAUGGGGAUGGCAAGCAUUGUAAAUCCAGUCGUCAUCGUAUGGUUUGAUAGAAGGUGGACGAUCAUUGCGGUGUGCGGCUUCUUCGUUAUCCAGAUGAUCGUGCUGGUUGUUCUGUUGGUCAUCCGAAACUUCCUGACAGUGUGUCUGAAAAGGUCAGCUCUUUUAUCCAUGGGGCUAUCGGCCGUAGGUGUUGGCGUCGUUAUAAUUGCCCACAAGGCGACUCAUCCUGUUUCUUGGGGUGUCGGGAUUGGAUUUGCCUUUGUGCUCUCCCAAGUAAUGUUGCCAAUAGCGUUGAUCAGCACUACUGAAAGAAACAGCCUGAAACUGGCCCUCCCACUCUUGAGCUGCUUUCAUUUGACGGGAUUAGUUGGCGGUGUCAUUAUUGGAAACAUCCUUGAGGAUACAUCGUCAGGUACUGGAGCCAUGUAUUUCGGUGGAGUGUCUCUGAUCGUUGGCGGAGUUGGAGCCAUCAUUGCAUGGGUGUUGUUGAUAAGACGCGGGGCCCCUUCCCAGUGAUGAGCCUGCCGAAAACAUCAACGAUGAGGAGGGAGAUGACGCUGGUGAUGGUGAGAGAGAGGACCAUGUCGAGGGCCAUGUCGAGGACCAAGUCGAGGACCAUGUCGAUGUCGAGGCUGAGUUCUCUCGCAAUUGAUACAUCCCUACAUGACCAAACUGGUGCUGUAGAGGUAGAUUAUUACACAACAGAAACACCAUAAAUAAGUAACUUUACUAUAUCCGAGGAGGAUUUCAAGUGUCUCCUCAAGACUAUUUUGCAUUGCCUA